AGUGUGCUACGCCAUCGAGGGUCCCCAUGCCCGGCUGCCGCGGAGACGGUGCGGGGGUCAUACGUGGUUGGGCUACUCCACGCCGUUUCUGCAGCCGCAGCGAACCCGACCUACUUGUUCUGGCAGUAGACUCGACGAGCUGACCUUGGCCGCUCUUAUUUGCAGCUUGCAGACCAGGGGCCAAGCCGAUGACCUCUUGGGCUUCCGUCAGCCUGAGCAAGGCAGCUGCCCGAUGCUUUUGGGAGCGAGGCCCCGGGGUCCGCGCGGCUCCUGCGUGGGUCUCCCAGCCCAAGCCCCUGGGCUGCGGCCCUGCUCCAGGCAGAACGCUGCAUGUCACCGCGGCGGCUCCCGCCGGGCACAAUAAGUGGUCUAAAGUCCGGCACGUCAAGGGUCCCAAGGACACCGAAAGGAGUCGCAUCUUCUCUAAACUCUGUCUCAGUAUUCGCCUGGCGGUCAAAGAAGGAGGCCCCAAUCCUGAGCUCAACAGCAGUCUGGCCAACAUAUUAGAAGUGUGUCGCAGCAAGCACAUGCCUAAGUCAACGAUUGAGGCAGCGCUGAAAAUGGAGAAAACUAAGGGUGUUUAUUUGCUGUAUGAGGGUCGAGGCCCUGGCGGCUCUUCUCUGCUUAUUGAGGCGUUAUCAAACAGUGGCUCCAAGUGCCAAUCGGACAUUAGACAUAUCCUGAACAAGAAUGGGGGAAUGAUGGCUGAAGGAGCACGUCAUUCCUUUGACAAAAAAGGAGUGGUUGUGGUUGGAGUGGAGGACAAAGAGAAGAAAGUUGUGAACCUAGAACGUGCUCUAGAGCUGGCAAUUGAAGCAGGAGCUGAAGAUGUCAAGGAAGCUGAAGAUGAAGAUGAAAAGAACCUUUUCCAAUUUAUUUGUGAUGCCUCUUCACUGCAUCAAGUGAGGAAGAAGCUGGACUCCCUGGGUUUGUGUUCUGUGUCUUGUACGCUGGAGUUCAUCCCCCACUCAAAGGUGCAGCUGGCCGACCCUGACCUUGAGCAGGCUGCUCGCCUCAUCCAGGCUCUCAGCAACCAUGAGGAUGUAAUUCAGGUCUAUGACAACAUUGAGUAAACAGGCUUAUGUGUCUCUGGGCUCCUUCCUAGGCAUGUGGCAGCCCAUCCUGGAGCAUGGACUUCUGUGGUAAUCUCUGAGAGUGAAGUAGGUGGGAAGUCAAGUAGUAGGAGGCCUAUAGCUAUGACCUGUGGCCCUGAGGCCAGGGAACCCCCAUACUUCUGUGGGGCUACUUAGUCAACUCUGCUGGAGUCUUGCAGCUCUCCAGGAUACAGGGUGGGACCAGCUACUGGGUCUGACUCUGAUCUUAGGUAGUUUGCCCUUGUAGGGAUUUUAAGUGCAUUGGGGUCCUAUGUACUGGAAGGUGGUCUUCAGUAAUAACAAAGAUUGAGCUUGGUUGCCGCAUUGCUGUUGUAUGGCUCUUGAGUUGUUCUAAGUUUGGGUCUAGCUGUUAGGACCUCUAGACUAACUUUCAGUUCCUCAGGCUUAGUUCUCUACUUCAGUUCCAGGACUUUUGUUUAUCUUUUUGAUUGGCUAUAGAAAUGUGGCCAUAUCUAGGUACUCUUGGUCUAAUGCUGGUUUAAUGACCUAACUCUGUCAUUUAUUCAUGCAGCUAAUAUUUCUCAAAUACCUACUAUAUACCAGGAACUUAAUUAUUUAGAGCCUAGGCUGUUCAACUGGUUCCUUGUGUUAGAUCCUGCUGCAAGGCAUAGGAUCUCAGAGGGAAGACAUAUUGCUGCUUUCUAUGGAGCUGCCCCAGGGUAGUGUGGGCUGCUGUACUGUACCUUUAUUCUCUUUGUAUGGACUCUCUGCCCUUCUUCCACCAGAGAACUUCAGGCUAUAACUUAGUAGGAAAUCAGGUGCCAGUGAAAAGGGGACUCCUGAGGCCCAGCUUUGCAUGGGCCCCUGUGUGUCCUGAGAUUGACUGGACCUGUCAGCAGAUUGGGCUGCUCUCCGGAAAGACUACACACCAAGCUAGGUUUGAAAGCUGGAGGUUCUCAGAAGGCUCAGCCAUAGCCCCUUUUUGUCACUGAUGCCAAAUUAUGAGGUACUAGGAGCUAGAGCAGAAAUGGGGACAGAUGGAAGAGUGGAGGACUGAGUUAAAAGCUUAGCAUUUGAUACUUUUUUGUUCUUAAGAGAGUCCAGGAGCCUGAGCCCAUCAAGCAUGUUGGGCCUACAGUAUCUUUUGGAUUCCUGUUAACUGCCUAUUUGUGAGCUGGUUAAGUCAGCUUAGUAAUUUUCCUAAAAGAGCCUUAGAUAAAUGAGGAUGGAAAAGAACUAGAAUGAAAUUGACUAUGAAUGAUAACUUCAGCAUCCAGGAAAAACAGAUGGCUAAUUCUACAGUGACUUUAAUAGAUGGAGGACAAGAGCUGGGGAGAAGAAAACCAAUGAGAUGAUCCAAGUUCACACCAUAGCAUAUGCCUUUUUUUUUUUUUUUUUUUCCAGUACUGGGGUUUGAACUGAGGGCCUUGUGCUUACUAGAUAGGUGCUACCACUUGAGCCAGUCCACCAGUCCCAUAUCAUAUUCCCUUAUACCUCGUUUUAUAAUCAUAAUACUACCUGGGGUUCUUUAGUUUUGUAAAAGAUAACAUCCAAAUAUCUAAGUAGCACAUCAAUAAAAUAGGAUAAUUUUAAAUUCAUAUCCUG